CUAAUGCAGAAAGGUGUUUUGGAACCCAAAGAUAUUGGAUUUGUUCCAGACAUAUACACCCACAACCAGCAUUUGGAAACUGAGAACAAGAGUUUGAAAAAGGACCUGGAAAACUAUAAAAUUGCUGCUAGCAAAGCAAAGGAGGCUCUGCUAAAAAUACAGAAAGAACGUGAUUUCCAUCGAAUGCACCAUAAACGAGUGGUUCAGGAGAAAAACAGGCUCAUUAGCGAUAUUAAAAGACUGAAGACGCAUUACGCAUCAUAUGAGCCAACGUUAAGACAGUUGACUGAAAAAUACCAGGCUGUAUUGAGACAGAAAAUGCUAACCAGUUUGGAAAGAGACAGAGCAAUUGGGCAGGUUACAGGUUUACAAGCUACAUUACAAAAUUUAGAAUCUGGGCAUGCCAUUGAGGUCCCUGUGACCAGAGCAGGUCACAAGUGUAAGAUGAAUGGUGGGUUAGAGGGUCCCACCCAGAAAACUGUUCAAGAAGCCAGGGAACAAAGAAUUGCAUAUACUGGAGUUGUACCACAUGAUCCAGCCAAAGAUCCAACAAAGCAAUUGGGCAAAAGAUAUCCAAAGGACUCAGAGUUCCCUGUAGAUACUCAAGUGAACCCAAACCUUGCUCGGGUCAAAGAAUGUACACGACCAUUGAAAUCUGGAUUAUACAAGCUGAGCAACACUUUAAGAGUGCAUGAUCUAGCAGUGAGCUGUCUUGCUUUGCAUCCUCGGAAAGACAUCGUAGUUACUGCGAGUGAUGACCGCCUCUGGAAGAUGUGGGCCUUCCCUAAUGGGAACAUCAUUGUGACAGGUGAAGGUCACACUGAUUGGCUUUCUGGUUGCUGCUUUCAUCCAAGUGGCACCAAGUUGGUCACUUCAAGUGGAGACACUACAGUACGGAUAUGGGACUUCUCAAAGGGUGAAUGCAUCCUGACUUUGGAAGGGCAUGCCAGUGCCAUCUGGGGCUGCUCAUGGCACUCCUGUGGAGAUUUUGUGGCUUCUGCCUCCAUGGACAACACUAGCAAAAUAUGGGACAUUAAUAGUGAGAGAUGCAGAUACACCAUGCGUGGCCAUAAGGAUUCAGUUAACAGCAUAGAGUUCCUACCAUUCUCCAACACCAUUCUCACCUGCUCUGCUGACAAGACCCUGUCACUUUGGGAUGCCAGGACGGGUCUUUGUGCUCAUACUUUUUAUGGUCAUCUGCAUUCAUGCAAUCAUGCCACAUUCAACAUGAGAGGUGACACUAUUGUUUCCUGUGACUCCUAUGGUGUGAUGAAGCUGUGGGAUGUUCGGAAGGUAUCACCAAUGGUAUCUAUAGAUGCAGGACCCCAUCCUGGCAACCAGGUGGCCUUUGACCCUUCUGGAUUCCUGGCACAUUUAGUUCCCAGGAUGGAUUCACUGCAUUGGUUGCUAUUCAGUAUUUUCUCUUAUUUUCAGAAUUCAGUGUACAUCCUUAUGCAUUAUUUACUGCACACCAUCAAAACCCUUUAUUGAAUGCAGAUUCAUUCCUGAGGGGCUUUUCCAUGAUGCCACAUUGUAGCUCCAUAGAUCUUUACAGGCACUAAGGAGAUGAUUUCAGUUACUUAUUAUUCUCAUUUUAUACAUGAGGAACUGAAGGCCUGAGAUUAAAUCCAAAAUUGUAAAAAAUGUGAACUGAUACUGAGUGUUCAAUCUGAGACUGGAUUCUUUUGGUUUAGCAUUUUAUAUCAGUUUAAAAAGAGCAAACCACCACUCACAAUUUCAGUAUCCUCCAUCU